GCUACAAAUACAGUCUUCCUUCGCAGGUCCUAAUUACUUCACCUUCUCAGCUUGGCAGUAAGACUUGCACAGCAUCAACAUUCCCAUCUACAAUCUCCUGCGCGUCAUACUACUGCAGCUAUGCCGCACGAGCAACCUGAAUUCUGGAAUGUCAACCUUCCACGCGGAGAUUGGUCGCCAAGUUGCCCACCUUUUCUGGAGAGCUGCAGCGACAAGGACCGCUCUAUCAUUGGCACACCAGAUGCAGAGUAUAUUCGUCUCUCGUGGCCAGCGGUUCAGGACAUUAUCCAAUCCAAUCGUGUCGACCUAUUCCAGCGAGUGCCUAGCGAUUUGCGAAAGUAUCGUUCAUUCGUCUACAACAUUGUCAAGAAGUAUGGGUCUAUGCAGGAAUUCAUCUUGUCCAAGAGGCUGCAGUGGACUUCAACAUGUCCAUCAGGACCUCCAUUUGCGAACCCAGACGAUAUCACAGUGCUUCAGAACGAUUGGCCGUAUGGUAUAGACCAGAAAAUCGUGCAUCUCGUUGUGUGGACGAAGUUUGAGCUUAAAGAUGAGCGUGGAGGAGUAGGAGACAUGCUGCCAGAGACUCGACGGAGCAUCGACCACUGGGUCAACGACACAUUCUGCACCCGGAUAGAACCUCAGCAUGUCAUCUGGUUCAAGAAUUGGUACUCGCUAAAGUCCAUCCACGCAGUCGAGCACUUUCAUGUAAUGCUUUACAAGCCGGAUAUGAGCUUCGUCCGGCAGAUCACCCAUGGAGUUGAGCCGUUAUCUCUGCAGUCUUCUGCUCAGUUGUCUGAGCUGUAGAGGUCUAAGUGUGCUAACAAGGACCCUCAAAUGUGAUCAUGACCAAAUUAUGAGCCAUGCAGCUGCUUGUAAUACUGAUUGAUACCGUGGAGACUGGAGAGGCGAUAUGGCAGCAAUCCGGCAUUGGUCCUCGUCAACAUUACACAUGCUGGCUCACUAAGGU